AUGCUUAAUCGAACAGGUGUCUCUGGGCCUGCUUCUGGCACAAGUGUUUCUUUACAGAAUCCCCGGCUAGAGGACAAACAACCAAAAAGAAGACACUCCUCCAUGGCCGGGGAAAAGAAUAAGAGGGUGAAGAUUGUUGCCCUCGAGUCAUCUCCAAUAGUUGUAGUGACUAGCCCUCUUCUCGAGCCGGUCAUAGACACUGUGAUGAUCGACGAUGAUGAAGAAGCUACAACUGCUACAUCAUCUCCACCUGUUGCACCUGACCACGAAGAAAGUGUUCCCUUUCGCCUUUCCCUAGUUCAUGGGAAUUUGGAGCAAAGUUAUGCUGCCCCUUAUGAAGAUCCACAAAGGAAAAGGAAUAGGUUGAUUCGUGAGAAGGAAGAAAUUUCCUCUGCACGGGAUCGGUUUUUGCCAAAGCGAGAGCAAAGUGUCGCUCGCCUUUCAGAACUGGAAACCAAAUCCACUGAGGCCAUUGUAUUGGAGGCUUGUUUACAGCAAAGCGAGCAAGAAGUGGAGACCCUUAGCCAACAGAUUUACCCGUUGAAGGUAGCCUUGAACUCCAAAACUGAAGAACUUGCUGCUGCGGGGGCGAAACAUACCCAGCUGGAGGAGAAGUAUAGGAAAGCCAUUGAGCAUAAUAAGAUCUUUGGUUCAAUUGUGUGCGACCUUGAUGUUAGCCUUAGAUCCGUUAGAUCCACCCAGGAAAGCCUUUCUGCCGAGCUUGAGUUGGCUGCUAAAAAUGGUCUCCCGGCAGAGCCUGAUGCUUCUGGUUCUUCCGGUUCCAGUUCCGAAACUUCAGGAACUGAAGAGGAAGCGGAAGAUGAAGAUGUUGAAGGCCAAACUGGCGAAGGCCAAAAUAUUGAGCCAUCGGCAGAUCUAUCCACUUCCCCUGGGGGCACAAACACUUCUCUUCCUCCGGGUCCCAGAGAUGCUGCAGUUUAG